GUUAUAAGGACAGAUGCAACAGGGCUAAUAAAAAGUGUGAGUAGAGAUGAAAGUAGACGCCGUAGUAGUAUUUCUGGCAAAACUCGUACUGGCCUCAGAGGCAUUUCCUUCCUCUGAGAUCUGUGACGUUGCCAAUUGCCCUGAACUCGACUGCCCUCUUGGAUUGACCUACACCCCAAUUGGCCAGUGCUGCCCCAACUGCAUGGUCACACUAGACUGCAGCAAUGCCAACUGCCUGGGUGGUAGAGUGUGUCUUGAUGACACCUGGAAACUUGUCGUCCCAGAUGGCAAGUGUUGCCCCAUCUGCCAGCCUAGCAAUUGUAACGAAAUGGCGUGUGAACCUCUGACUUGUGACAAAUCCCAUCAGGUACAACAUGACGGUGAAUGCUGCCCAGUCUGUGCGACUCUUGAACCUAGUACUGACCAUUGUCAGUUUGUCGAGUGCACCCCCCUGACUUGCAACGAGAGCGAGCAGACAACUGCCGACAGAGAGUGCUGUCCGCAGUGCCUCACACCAGACUGCCACACGGUGAUGUGUCCCGACAUGAAGUGUUACGGCGGGACAGUGCCUGUAGUACCAGAUGGCCAGUGUUGCCCCGUGUGCGAUGGGGGCAGUCUCUACUACAGAUAACUGUCAGUCAGUAGACUGCUGACACUCUCCACCGCUUCCUGUGAACCCACUCUUAACUAAUUCAGUAACUCGAAUCUACGUAACGACGUAAUUAACCCUAGAGAUAUAUGGUAGUACUUUGAUGUUCAGUUUUGUAGUGUGAAA